AUUUUCAUUCAGGUAAUUCGGUCCCAAUACUUCCAAGUCUGUAGAGGGCGCUGUAGGGAAAGAGUUCUGUAUUGUUUACAAACUCAGUAGACAAGAUGGCGGAGGCGGACAAGUUAAAAGAAGGUUCUUGCACUUUCUUGUUCAAAAAAUCUAAUAAGAAAUUUUCUGGGAGAAAAAGAAAGGCCAGUGACAGCGAUAAAGAUGGAAACAGUGAUGAAGAAGUCAGCUCUGUGGUCAGAAAGGAUAAGAGAGAGACGCGAGUAAACCCGAUGAUUCAAAAGUCCAAGAAAGUGGAGAAAGAGGCUGUAUCCUCAAGUGAAAGCGACGAUGAUAAGGAGGACAAGAAGAUAACCAUUUCCUACAAGUCAACACGUUCGGCUAAACCAGAGGGCCCAGAGGACAUGGGGGCCACGGCAACGUACCAAUUGGACACAGAGCGCGACAAGGAUGCUCAGGCCAUCUUUGAGAGGAGCCAGAAAAUCCAAGAGGAGCUGACGGGUAAGGAGGACGAUAAGAUCUACCGCGGCAUCAACAACUACCAGAAAUUCAUCAAACCCAAAGAUACUACCAUGGGCAAUGCGUCCUCUGGCAUGGUCCGGAAAGGACCCAUCCGAGCCCCGGAGCACCUGCGAGCCACGGUUAGGUGGGACUACCAGCCAGACAUCUGCAAAGACUACAAGGAGACCGGAUUUUGCGGCUUUGGAGACAGUUGCAAGUUCCUCCACGACCGAUGCGAUUACAAGCACGGCUGGCAGAUCGAGAGGGAAUUGGAGGAAGGCAGAUAUGGCGCCAAUGAUGAGGAAAACUACGAGGUGAGCAGUGACGAGGAAGACUUGCCGUUCAAGUGUUUCAUCUGCAGGGAGUCCUACAAGAAUCCCAUCGUCACAAAGUGCCGUCACUACUUCUGCGAGGCCUGCGCCCUUCAGCACUACCGCAAGUCCAAGCGCUGUUACGUGUGCAACACUCAGACCAACGGUGUCUUCAACCCCGCCAAGGACUUGCUGGCCAAGAUAGAAAAACGCAAAGCCGCUUCGGAACUGCCGCCAUCCGACGAAGAGGAAGACUGAAAUCUCCUCCACCUUUUCCCCCUGUUUGUGUGUACAAUGUGAAUAAAGUUAUAUUUUUUAGCAAGUGGAAA